CACAAUUCCUGCGACUUCCAUAUGCGAGCCUCCUCGUUGUCACCACAGAGGCUAUUUCGUAGGAUUUCCUAGCUCACCUCGCAACUCUACAGUGUCUCGUCUGCCAGCGCAAACAUGGAUCCCUCGGUCCGCUCCCACUACCUCGCAGACAAUCCUCCGACCGUCGUUCGUUUGGAGAUCGCCCCUCACUUCGCCGCUCUUCCGCCACAACACAAGCGAUAUGCCCAUCAUUUGAGUCGGGCUUCUUUCCACGGCACUCGAGUAACCCUAGCGCAAGUGUCGCCAGAAUCUCCGGUCAUCUACGAUCUCAUACUUGCUCUACAUCGAGCUUGCAACGGUGACUACAAUAACCUCUCCGCCGAUACCUCCGUCUCGUCCUCCGAUAUUACACUAUGGCUCGAGUACGCCGCACAAUUCCUAGGGAAUUUAGGCAAUUAUAAAGGCUUCGGGGACUCCAAGUUCAUACCGAGAAUUUCACCCGAGGACCUGAAGAAGCUCUGUGACAUUAACGAUGAGUGCAAAAGCCUCUAUGAAAAGGCCGCGAAGACCGGAGGAGGGAUAUACGAGACCAAGGAUACUGCCCUCAUGCACCUCGGAUAUCCAGAAGCGGGCCAUAUGACAUCUUAUUAUCCAGACUCACCUACAAUAACGAAAGAGGAGAUUUCGAUUGUGGGAGACGUGCUCGAGGAGAAGAAGCUGCUGAUUGAGAACACCAGACUCCGGAAGCUGGACUCUGGAGAUUUCGAGUUGCUGAUUGCGUCUGGGAUCUCCAACCCACCUGCGGCAGAGCGAGAUCUUGGCGACGUCUCAUCAAUUGACUUGACAGGGAAGCUCGCGGGCAAAAAAUUGCACCUGCGUUUCGGUGAUUAUCAAGAAGAGAUGGCCAAGAUCGCCCUUGAGAUCAAGAAAGCGAGAAAGUAUGCCGCCAAUGAGACUGAAGAAAAGAUGCUCGAUGAGUACGCGAGAUCCUUUGGAACCGGCAGUAUUCAGGGAUUUGUAGAAUCGCAGCGUUAUUGGAUCAAAGACAAAAAGCCCAUGGUCGAGACCGAUAUUGGGUUCGUCGAAACUUAUCGAGACCCUCAAGGUGUCCGCGGUGAGUGGGAAGGUUUUGUUGCUAUGGUGAACCAAGAACGGACUCGCGCUUUUGGCAAACUUGUCGACGCAGCACCAAGCAUGAUUCCAAAGCUACCUUGGAGCAAGCAGUUCGAGAAAGACAAGUUCUUAAGCCCAGACUUUACUUCCUUGGAGGUGCUGAGCUUUGCUGGUAGCGGCAUACCGGCAGGCAUCAACAUCCCGAACUACGAUUUCAUCAGGCAGAACGAAGGUUUCAAGAAUGUGAGUCUCGGAAACGUCCUUAGCGCCAAAGCCCCCAAUGAGCCGAUCCCGUUCAUUCGCAAAGAGGACGACGAGCUUUUCCGUAAAUACCGCGAUCCUGCUUUCGAGGUGCAAGUCGGUAUCCAUGAACUUCUUGGUCACGGUUGCGGCAAGGUACUCCAAGAAACGGCCCCUGGUGAGUACAACUUCGACGUCAAGAACCCGCCGAUCAGCCCGGUCACCAAGAAACCCAUCACAUCAUACUACAAGCCAGGCCAGACCUGGUCUAGCGUCUUUGGAUCGAUCGCUUCAUCGUAUGAAGAGUGUCGCGCGGAAUGCGUUGCGAUGGCUCUUUCGUGCGACUUUGAGAUUCUGCAAAUCUUCGGGUUCGGCGAUGGCAAGGAGGACAUCAGCAAUGAGGCUGGAGACGUUCUUUAUGUGGCGUAUCUCCAAAUGGCACGUGCCGGCGUGGCGGCGUUGGAAUACUGGGACCCGAAGUCUCGGAAAUGGGGACAGGCGCACAUGCAGGCUCGCUUUUCUAUCCUGCGCACAUUCAUGGAUGCCGGUGGAAAUUUCUGCGUGCUCAAGUCUUCGAAUGGUGACAUCAAGAAUCCGGACGACCUCGAAAUCCACCUUGAUCGGAGCAAAAUCCUGUCCCACGGACGGCCUGCGGUCGAGGCGUAUCUGCAGAAGCUCCACAUCUACAAGGCGACUGCCGACUUUGAAGCUGGAAAGAAGAUGUACGACGACAUCACGAAUGUGGACGACUGGUGGGCCGAGAAAGCGAGACCAAUUGUGCUGAAGAAGAAGACUCCCCGGAAGGUGUUUGUGCAGGCCAAUACGGUGCUGGACGAGCAGAGCGGAGACGUGAAGCUGGUCGAGUACGAGCCUACGAUAGAGGGGAUGGUCCAGAGUUACGCUGAGCGUAAUGUCUAGAGAAAUCAGCCAUGGUCAGCAUGUGACGGCUCUUCGCAUAAGAAAAUGACGGAACGCUUGACGAGGGUAAGAAGAUUCAUGAUAUUGGCGAUCAAGACCACAGAAAGAGUCGAAGUUAGCGUUACAAGUGAUUACCUCUAGAUCAGCCUCAAAAGAAUGCCGGCGACAAUCGCUGAAGUGAAUGUUAGACCGUGUGACGCUGGACUCAACCUGAUCCCCGUGUCCUUGAGAUGAAAUGAAGAGUAUACCAUUGAAACGGCCGAGACGAGUACACUCAGUAAAGGAGAGAAGUUGUUUCAGACAAGGAAAUGUCGGCCUGAUGCGUCACGGGUGGUAAUCAUUCGCUGGGGAGGACAGCGAGUAAAAGGGGCUCAAAUCUUGAGUGUCUGUAUCAUCGGUGCUAACUCUAGCUAAUCACCUAAUUGCACUUCC